AACUCUCCUCGGUCGUUGAUGAUAAAAGAAGAUAAACCUGGUCGUGUUCUCGCACUGGUCUCAGACCUCUCUGCCGGGAUUUUAUCUUUCUCUCAGUCAGGUACGAACAAUCUUAUCUUCGAAUUCCCUUCGUCGUUUGUUUGUUCACUUCCUCAAUUUCAUUUCUAUGGAACUCUGAACCGCCACUAUCUAAUACUUUUUCCAUGUUCUUUUACGGUUCUUUGUACCCAUUUCUGUUUAGAUUCGCUUUUGUCUUAAGGCUAUAGUUGAGAUCAUGCUUAGGUUUCACUUCUAUAAUUGAGCAAAGAUAAUUGCUUUUGAUCUUACCUUGACCUGUUUGAUCAUUUUUAGGCUCUAGUUUGGUGCAAAAGGUUGUUGGUUUUCUUUGAAAUUCUUGGUCUGUGAACGGCUCUAGUUUUGUUCGUGAGGAUAGAGUAUCAAUUACGGUUAGGAUUUUCGAGGGUUUGUGCUGUUGAAGUAAAUGUUCAUGGAUCCACAAAAUUCUCAAUUUUUUGGUUCCAUUAACGAGCUCAAAUUUGAUAGAGAGAUCCUUUUUCCCGAGUCAGAUCUGUACCCAAAUAUUGCAAAUGGGGUUCAACUCAAUGAUCCUACUCUGGAUCUUAGCUUCGUGAACCAUCCUGUAUUUCCGCCUGAUCCGGACACAGGCAAUUAUGCUCAAUCAAGCUUCGAGGGAGAUUCUCCUUCGGAUGACAGUGACUUUUCUGAUAGUGUCCUCAAGUACAUAAACCAGGUGCUUAUGGAAGAGGACAUAGAGUCGAAGCCUUGUAUGUUCCAUGACCCGUUGGCUCUUCAGGCCGCGGAGAUGUCACUUUAUGAACUCCUUGGUGGGAAGGACCCUCCUUCCCCUGAUCAACACCUGCUUUACAGUGAUCGAAAUGUUGAGAGUCCUGAAGAUUAUUUUUUGAGCAGUUUCAGUGAUCAUAGUAGCAGUAGCAGUUCCGGUUUUAGUAAUGGUAAUUCGGUCGAUUCUCCACGGGGUCAUGCUGAAUUUGGAGACUAUAAACCCUCUUUAUUUAAAAAUCCUCUUCCCACUAACUUCGUUUUCCAGUCCACUUCAAAGUCCAGUCCACCUUCAUCGUUCAACUCUCCAAACAUCUUCACUAGUGAUGGUAGUGGGUUGCUGGGCUCUUCUGUCGGUGAGCUUCUGGUUCCGAAUUUGUUUGGAGAGAUUGAAUCGGUUUUGCAGUUCAAUAGAGGGGUAGAGGAAGCUAAUAAAUUCCUUCCUAAAGGGAGUCAGCUGAAAAUUGAUCUGGAGAACAACACGUUUUCUCCUACUAAGAAGGCUCCGGAAGUGGUAAUUAAGACAGAAAUAGAUGAGAGGGAGAACUCCCCAACUGGGUCAAGAGGAAGGAAGAAUCAUGAGCGCGAGGAUACAGAUUUAGAAGAUGGGAGGAGUAACAAGCAGUCGGCAGUUUAUGUGGAUGAGAGUGAGCUAUCGGAGAUGUUUGAUAGGGUGUUGCUCUGUGCUGUGAAAAAAGAGGAGCCUUCUGUGUGUACCCUUAAUGAAGGCUCGCAGAGUGGAGAAAACAAGAACCUGCAGAAUGGACAAUCCAAUACAUUAUCUAGUGUUGCAAAGACUCAUGUCAAGAAACAGAGCAAUAAGAACAGCACUGUGGAUUUGAGGACUCUACUGGUUAUGUGUGCACAAGCUGUCUCUUCUGAUGAUAGGAGGACUGUUGUUGAACUGCUAAAGCAGAUUAGGCAGCACUCUUCCCCAUUUGGCGAUGGCUCUGAGAGGUUGGCCCAUUGCUUUGCGAACGGCCUUGAAGCACGCUUAUCUGGCACUGGAACCCAGAUUUACACUGCUCUAUCUACCAAACGAACAUCAGCUGCUGAAAUGUUGAAAGCUCACCAAGUUUGUACUUCAAUCUGUCCAUUCCAGAAGCUUUCAAUUAUCUUUUCAAAUCAUAUGAUUUUGAAAGCAGCUGAGAAAGCAGCAUCCCUUCAUGUUAUAGAUUUUGGUAUCCUUUAUGGCUUCCAAUGGCCUGCCCUCAUCGAUUGUCUCUCAAGAAGACCUGGUGGGCCCCCCAGGCUACGCAUUACAGGUAUAGAACUUCCCCAACCUGGUUUCCGGCCAGCAGAAAGAGUCCAGGAGACAGGGCGUCGCUUAGCGAAGUAUUGUGAGCGCUUCGGUGUUCCGUUUGAGUACAAUGGAAUUGCACAGAAAUGGGAAACCAUCCAAAUUGAGGACCUCAGAAUUAAUAGAAAUGAAGUGCUUGCUGUGAAUUGUAUGUUCCGAUUUAAGAACCUGCUUGAUGAGACGGUUGUGGUGAACAGUCCAAGGAAUGCUGUUCUGAACUUAAUUAGGAAGUUGAAUCCUGAUAUUUUUGUACAUUCUAUUCUUAACGGAUCCUACAAUGCCCCCUUUUUUGUCACCCGGUUCCGUGAGGCUCUCUUCCACUUCUCUGCAAUGUUUGAUAUACUUGAUACUAAUAUUACCCGUGAAGAUCCCAUGAGGUUGAUGUUUGAAAAAGAGUUUUUUGGGCGGGAGGUCAUGAAUGUCGUAGCUUGUGAAGGUUCAGAGAGGGUUGAGAGGCCUGAGUCAUACAAGCAGUGGCAGAUUCGGAACAUGAGGGCUGGGUUUAGGCAGCUUCCACUGGACCGUGAAGUCAUGAAGAAACUGAAGGGUAAAUUGAAAGAUCGUUACCAUAACGAUUUUGUGGUCAAUGAAGAUGGGCAUUGGUUGCUUCAAGGUUGGAAGGGUCGGAUUAUCUAUGCUUCCUCCUGUUGGUUACCUCAUACUGCUUGUGACAAAAAAGAGACGGUGAAGCUUCUUGGGGGAGACUCGUCCUCGGACGACAGUGAGUUCACGGAAACGGUUCUCAAGUACAUAAGCCAGAUACUAAUGGAAGACAACAUAGAGGACAAGCCCUGUAUGUUUUUCGACCCUUUAAGUCUCCAAGUCACCGAGAAAUCGUUCUACGAUGUUCUCGGUCAGAAAUCCCCUCCUUCCCCCAAUCAAGACCGACCACCACUCUAUGUCAAUCACAAGGCGGAGAGCCCUGAAGAUGUUUUUCCAGGUAGUAAUUUUGGUACUAAAAAUAGUUCAAGCAGUACUAGCACUGAUCCUCAGCGGCUCGGCGAUGGGAUGGAGCUUUUGACUUGGAACUUUUUUACGAGCAGUGAAUUUCUGUUGCAAUUUAGGAGAGGAUUAGAGGAAGGUAGUAAGUUCCUUCCUAGGGACAAGGGUGACAGAGAGAAUUCAACGGAAGGGUCGAGGGGAAGAAAGAAUCAUGAGAGGGAAGAUACAGAUUUAGAAGGGAGGAGCAAUAAGCAGUCGGUGGUUUAUAUGGAGGAGAGUGACUUAUCGGAGAUGUUUGAUAAGGUGUUGCUUUCUACUGAUACACUUCCUCUGCUAUGCUUUAACAAUGAAACCCUCCAGAAUGAAGCCUCGCAGCCAAAAGGUGGGAAGAGUCGUGCUGAGAAACAGGGGAAGAAGAAGAAGAAAGAUAGUGUUGAUUUGGGGAGUCUUAUGAUCCUAUGUGCACAAGCCGUCGCAGCAGCUGACAUUAGAACUGCUAAUGGGUAACUGAAGCAGAUUAGGCAGCACUCUUCCCCUUCUGGUGAUGGGUCUCAGAGGUUGGCUCAUUACUUUGCUAAUGCCCUUGAAGCACGCUUGGCUGGCUCUGGCGCAGGAACUCAAAUUUUUUAUACUUCUUUCCUUUCCAAGAGGAUCUCAGCUUCUGAAAUAUUAAAUGCUUACAAAGUUCAUGUUUCAACCUGCCCUUUCAAGAGGAUCUCGCUAUUCUUUACAGACAAAAUGAUUUAUAAAGUAGCAAGAAAUCGACAAAGUCUUCAUAUUAUAGACUUCGGUAUCCAAUAUGGUUUUCAGUGGCCAAUUCUGAUCCAGAAACUCUCAAAAAGAGCUGGUGGACCUCCCAAGCUACGUAUUACCGGGAUACAGUUUCCCCAACCUGGAUUCCGUCCAACGGAGAGAAUUGACGAGACCGGCCGUUGCUUGGCGAAGUAUUGCGAGCGGUUUGAUGUUCCUUUUGAGUACCUUGCCAUAACUUCACACAAAUGGGAGACUAUUAGAAUUGAGGACCUCAAGAUUGAUCGAAAUGAGACGCUUGCUGUAAACUGUGCGUUCCGGUUUAGGAACCUACUUGAUGAGUCAGUUGAAGAGGAGAGUCCACGGGAUGCGGUUUUGAACUUAAUUAGAAGGAUGAAUCCUGAUAUCUUUGUCCAUUCUAUUGUUAAUGGAUCCUACAAUGUCCCCUUCUUCGUCUCACGGUUCCGAGAGGCACUCUUCUACUUCUCUGCAUUGUAUAACAUAUUUGAUGUUACUUUACCCCGUGAAAACCAGGAGAGAUUGUUUUUUGAGAGAGAGUUCUAUGGGAGGGAGGUUAUGAAUGUUGUUGCAUGUGAGGGCUUAGAGAGGGUUGAGAGGCCGGAGACGUACAAGCAAUGGCAGGUUCGGACUAUGAGGGCUGGAUUCAGGCAGCUCCCACUGGACCAAGAGCUCAUGAACAAAUUAAGGUCUGAGUUGAAGGAAUGGUACCACAAGGAUUUUGAGGUUGAAGAAAACAACCACUGGUUGCUUCAGGGGUGGAAGGGCCGGAUUAUUGAUGCUUCCUGUUGUUGGGUUCCGGCUUAGGAAUCUGAUCACUAU